AUGAUAUUAAAAGUUGUUGUCAGUAUUAAACUUGAUUUUUAUUCAAGUUAUUUAUUUCACAGGGCUGCUUUUGAAACCAUUAGCAGACAUGUUAUACAACCUUACAACCACGAAUCUUUUUUGGACUUAAGAUUUGCUCGAUUACCAUCUACAAAAGCCUUUGUAGAUAAUUAUGAACCAAGAGAGCACAGAACACCCAAAGAUCCCAUUAAAGUGUGGAUGGCCUAUUUUAAUCUCCUGCGGAUCUCAUUGGGUCCUGGAAUGUUAGGCAUGCCUCUUGCAAUAAGUCAAGCUGGAAUUGUUCUUGGACCUAUUAUUACAGUCAUAGCCGGGAUUAUGGUUUUGCACAUGCAUACAACUUUGUUGUGGUGCCUAAAUGAAAUCUGCAGACAAUUAAGAAUACCUUAUAUAUCGUACCGGUAUGGCUUUCGUGUAGCUCUACUCCAUGGACCUGCAGUUUGUCAGGCAAUGGGUCAUCGCGCUCCGGAAAUUAUAGCUGUAUUUAUGAUUUUAAACCAGAUUGGAAUUUGCACGGUGCAUGUUAUAUUUACAACGGAUAGUUUGCGAGAUAUCAUGGACUGGCAAAGUUCGAAACCAGCCCUGUUAGCGUUGCUGUUGCCUAUUAUGUUUUUGGAUUCCAUAUUGAAAUCUUUAAAAGUGGUCAGCUAUAUUUCUUUGUUGGGAAAUAUUUGUAAUUUAGUUGGCUUGAUAUUGAUACUUUACCACAUGUUACUUGGGAUUUCGCACAAAGAUGUUGAUUUAGUGACCUACAGCUCCAUUACUUGGAUUAUCGUUUUCGGUUGUUUUCUCUAUAAUUUAAGCGCUAUUGGUGUGAUUUUGACCUUAGAGAGAAACCUGUAUAAACCAAAAGCAUUAACUAAACGUUACGGAGUACUCAACAUAAGCAUGAUUUUGAAUAUCUUGAGCUCUAUUGUUUUUGGUGUUCUAGGUUACUUGUCCUUUGGAGUUAUGGACGAGAAUAUUCUGAGGUCGCUUCCAUAUGAUGAUAACUCAACAAUGGCCGCCAUAGGCCUGUAUUUGAUAUCAACCAUCUUUGCAUAUCCUCUUCAAUGCUACCCAGCGAUUCAGAUAUUAAUGGAGGUAAUCAAAAACCAUACUUCAAGAACUCCUUCUGAGAGCACUUUAGAAAUGAUCGAAUACUUCGUAAGGCCAUGUUUCGUGACGAUAACUUUUCUGGUUUGUUACCUAAUACCAUUUCAAGCUCCAUUCGUUGCUUUUGUUGGAAACUUCUGCACAUCAAUGCUAUCGCUCGUCUUCCCUGCGUUAAUGGAGCUCUGCCUAUUGUAUCCCGGUAACUACGGCAAGAAAAACUUUUAUCUAAUAAAGGACCUGAUCAUCAUCACCUUAGGCCUCGUAUGCUGGCUAAACUUGCUACCUUUAUGGACGUGGGAGUGUGUAAACGAAAAAUGUUUGCCGAUGAAAGCAACAAUCUCCGGAAAACUUCAGUCUUUAGUCACGUGCAACAUGUUAUGUUCUACCAUUCAACUUUGGCCUCAACCUACUGGCUCUGUGAGUUUAUCGACCACUGCCGUACCCGUGCGUGCUGAUUUAUUCCAAUUACAAGUGAUGGGCGUUACUUCUCGACCUGUUAAGCAACAUCUGCAGGAUGCGUUUGAAAUAUUUCGUCAGGAAUUACGUUUUACAGAACAAAAAAUACGUGGGUUUGAGGAGUGGCAAAGGGUUAUUGUACGCGUAGGUAUCAAUGGAAGUGCAGACCCUCGCAUGCGUCUCGACACUGAUGAGAGUUAUCGCAUGUCAAUACAGCCUAAGGAAGGGAGCGGCGGUAUCAUGAUUGUGGAUAUAGCUGCGAAGUCGUUUUGUGGAGCUCGACACGGACUUGAAACUCUUGCACAGAUGAUAUGGCUAGAUCCUUACGCUGGGUCUUUGUUAAUGAUGGAAGCUGCUAGCGUGGAAGAUGCACCACGAUUUCGUUAUCGCGGUUUGAUGAUAGAUACAUCCCAUAACUAUUUCCCUGUUCACGAACUUAUUCGCACAAUAGAUGCCAUGGCUACAUGUAAAUUAAACACUUUUCACUGGCAUGCUACCGGUGCUCAAGGUUUUUCAAUAAUGUUUGGUAGUGUACCCCAACUUGCUCAGUAUGCGGGUAAUGAACACGCCGCCAUGUACACUCCAGAAGAUGUACGCACAAUCGCACGAUAUGCUCGGCUUAGAGGUAUUCGCGUGCUCUUGGAAGUCGACAUACCGGCACAAAUAGGUCAUGCAUGGGAUUGGGGUCCCACUAUUGGCCUCGGAGAACUGGCUCAUUGCAUGGAAUUAGAGCCGUGGAUCGCAUAUUGUGACGAACCGCCAUGCGGUCAACUUAAUCCUCGUAAUCUACACGUUUAUGAAAUACUGGAGCGUCUCUUCCUGGAAAUUAUUCAACUUACUGGCGUAGACGAUCUUUUUCACAUUGGUGGGGAUGGGGUCAUUGAACGUUGUUGGGCUGAAGUCUUCAACGACACUGAUCCUAUGGAAAUAUGGCUCGAAUUUACACGGAAAACAUUGCAAAGUUUAGAAAAGGCUAAUAGAAAAUUACCUAAUCUCACGUUGAUCUGGUCAUCUCAGUUGUGUGAAAGAAUUAAAUCGGAUUUGAAAGAAUAUGUUCAUGGCAUUGGAUUACAGGCCCGAAAUGUUGCAUGGAACGAAAACUAUAUUAGUGGUCUGAGAACUGUUUUAUCUAAUGAAGACGCUUGGGACUUAAACAACGGAAUGGGGGCAUGGUACGAAGAUGCACAAGGUGCACCAUAUAAUUCUUGGCAGAGGAUUUAUGAGCAUCGACCAUGGUCACGGAGUACUCUGGGUUGCUUGGAAGGUGGAGAAGCAACUGUGUGGUCUUCAACGUUGGGCGCGGGUGGAUUGGAUGCUCGCGUUUGGCCACGAGCUGCCGCGUUGGCUGAACGUCUGUGGGCAGAUCGUCCCGAGGGCGCUACGCGACCGGUGCAAGCGCGUCUAGAUGUUCACCGCACACGACUCGUCACGAGACACAACAUACAAGCCGAACCCAUGUGGUCCAUGUGGUGUACCCAGAAUACUUACACCUGUCGUUAA